AACCACCUUCUUCUCCACUAUAAAUUCGUGAAUUUUCCAGUAGCUCAGCUCCUCGGCACCUUUCUUAAAAUAUCAGUCAAGAUUCCAGCAAUCAAUCUCCCAUACCGUAACUAAACCAUGGGUUCAAAAGCAGUAGAAGAUAUGAUAGAGGCCUCAUCAGGAGCUCAUUUUUCUGGAUUUCAUUUGCAGGGGCCAAAUGCUACUGAGGUUGAGCAACCAACAACUUCAAUGAGAGGAAAUGUUCCUAAACAACCAUUUGUUAUUGGAGUUGCUGGAGGAGCUGCAUCCGGGAAGACCACAGUUUGUGAUUUGAUUAUUGAACAGCUUCAUGAUCAGCGUGUUGUACUAGUUAACCAGGAUUCAUUCUAUCAUAAUUUGACACCCGAGGAACUUACAAAAGUUCAUGAAUACAACUUUGACCAUCCUGAUGCAUUUGAUACUGAGCAAUUGUUGUGUAUCAUGGAUAAGCUGAAACAUGGGGAAGCAGUAGAUAUUCCAAAAUAUGACUUUAAGAGUUACAAAAACAAUGCAUCAAGAAGGGUAAAUCCAUCAGAUGUUAUAAUUCUCGAAGGCAUACUUAUUUUUCAUGAUCCUCGUGUCAGAGAUCUAAUGAAUAUGAAGAUAUUUGUAGAUACAGAUGCUGAUGUACGCCUUGCGAGGAGAAUAAGGCGUGACACAGUUGAAAAGGAGCGGGAUAUUGCUAUGGUACUGGAUCAGUACUCGAAGUUUGUUAAACCAGCUUUCGAUGACUUCAUUCUUCCGACAAAGAAGUAUGCUGACAUCAUCAUUCCUCGUGGCGGAGACAAUCAUGUUGCUAUCGAUUUGAUUGUGCAGCACAUAAGGACAAAACUUGGUCAACAUGAUCUAUGUAAAAUAUAUCCUAAUCUUUAUGUCAUUCAUUCGACUUUUCAGAUACGAGGCAUGCAUACUCUUAUCCGUGAUGCUGAAACAACAAAACACGAUUUUGUAUUUUAUGCUGAUCGGUUGAUCCGCCUGGUGGUUGAACAUGGUUUGGGACAUCUGCCAUUUACAGAAAAGCAGGUGAUCACUCCAACGGGAUCUGUGUACACUGGUGUUGAUUUUUGUAAGAGAUUAUGUGGCGUCUCUGUAAUUCGAAGUGGAGAGAGUAUGGAAAAUGCUUUACGGGCUUGUUGUAAGGGCAUAAAAAUUGGCAAGAUUCUAAUUCAUCGGGAGGGCGAUAAUGGUCAGCAUCUUAUCUAUGAAAAACUACCACACGACAUUGCAGAGAGGCAAGUCUUAUUGUUGGAUCCUAUCCUGGGCACCGGGAAUUCAGCUGUUCAGGCGAUUUCUCUACUGAUAAAGAAGGGUGUACCGGAGUCCAACAUUUUAUUCCUAAAUCUCAUUUCUGCACCUCAAGGAGUUCAUGUGGUCUGCAAACGUUUCCCCAGAAUAAAGAUCGUGACAUCUGAGAUUGAAAUGGGAUUGAACAAAGAUUUUCGUGUUAUCCCCGGGAUGGGCGAAUUCGGGGACCGAUAUUUUGGCACUGAUGAUGACUAAAACAUCAUCGGAUCAUGCAUUGUUUCCCAAGUUCAAGAGAGAAAUACAGUAUUAACUGUUACUAUGUCAGUUGCUUUAAUUUGUCUAUGUUGUUCUUUAGAACGUACUGCGGUUUUUUACCCCUUUCGCCGCUUGAGAAAUCUGUCAUUUAUUUUCCCCCUCUUGAUUGAAGAUGGUAAACUAAACUGCAUUUUUUUUCUUC